UUCUUGGCGGCCCACACAGAAAAUUUGAGAUUUUCGAAGCCUUUACUUCAAUCAUCAUCAACUCUCAACUCGGCGUAGGAUAACCAUUUCUUUGCGACCUCACGAAUAUCAGUCAAAAUGCCUGCCAAAGCCGGAAACAAGAAGGGACCCGUCGUCAAGCGCAAGUUUGUCAUCGACUGCAAGCAACCUGCCAACGACAAGAUCUUCGAUACCGCUGCCUUCGAGAAGUUCCUCCAAGACAACCUUAAGGUCGAUGGAUUGAAGAGCAACUUGGGUGACAAGGUCUCUAUCGUUAAGGAGGGAGAGAGCAUCAAGAUCGAGACCUCUGUCAACUCUGGUCACUACCUCAAGUACUUGACCAAGAAGUUCCUCAAGAAGAACCAAUUGAGAGAUUGGCUCCGUGUUGUUUCCACCUCCAAGGGCAUUUACGAAUUGAGAUUCUUCAACGUUGUUGGUGAUGAUGCUGAGGAGGAUGAUGAAUAGAUGGUUACAUUUAACAUCUAGGAUUGAUCAAUGAUACCCAUGAUGGACUGGACUACGGACUGACUAGACGAUCGUGAGGAGGGUUGGGAUCUAGCAGUGGUAGAAAUGAUCAAUGCUAUAUUACUGCUCUCUCAA